AUGCCGGCUCUUCCAGCUACCUCCACUUCGAACGGCGCAGGCGGUUUUGCCGUCUUCGAACCCGCACGCUUCGAGCGUCUGCAUCGCAUUGUCAACGAGGCCGCAUCCAACCCUGUCCAUCUCUCACGCUCCAAUGACUGGUUUGUGACCAUCGACAGGAAUCGUUCCGACUUAGCGGACCUCGGCAAAGUCCGUCCUCCAUCUGACGUCGAGCGCAAAGAGAUCGAGUCUGGCAAAAUCACCAUCAACGGCAACACACAGAACCUCAAUCCUGACUUUGCACAACAGUCGCUCCUGCUAGCUCGCGAACUCGGUGUCUCAGAACACUAUGCCGCUUCCUUGCUUCAGCAGGGCCUCGCAGGGCGCGCAAAAUGGGGUCGUCCCGCCGUCGAGGUCUCAUGCAUCCUUUAUCACCGUGAGCGACUGGCCUUGCUUGCAUGCCUCAAAGAGCUUCUCCGCAACGCACUCACCAUGCCCUUCGAGGAGGACGUCGAGGCACAACGCAUGGGCAUGAAGAUGGAGCAGCUCGUUGAGUCGCUCGUGUCCAUAGAAACUUCGGUCACCUCCGGUACUGCAUCUACCUCGAUACGCAAAGUCACCCUCGCCGAACGAAUCCUGGUCGAGAUCGACAACGCCAAGCAGUCCGCUGCACGUGUCAAAACAUCGCUCGAAUCGCCCAACUCCAAUACCGCCAACCAAGGCAUCCAGACACAGACCUCCAACUUCCUCGGUCUCGGCACCAGCCAGUCCGCCUCACAACCCGCAUCCUCAUCCACAGCUAUCAACGCCAGACUCAGCGACGAGAUUCAGCUCGACCGUCUUGGCUGGCUGCGAGAAGAGCGACGCGAGCUCGGUCACGUGCUCUACUUGCUUUCCAUCUCGUCCCUCUUGACACCGUCCAACAUCUCGGCUAUCCUUCGAUGGCUCGCCGCUGUGUCUGCAGAGACUUACGAUGAGAUGACCAUCUACAUUCUGACUGCACUUCUUGGUGCCAUCGACGCAACCCCAGAUGCUCGUGCUGCUAUGGCGGAUCGAACCAGCCGAGGCACCCUUCGCAAGACCGUAGAGAACUUGCUCGAUGACGAGUCCUUCAUCGCAUCUACACAUGCCGAGAUCACACGCAAAAAAUGGGCACUAGGCGAGCUCAACAGCGCUGUCGCCCUUCAAUGGUCGAUCUUCCUGGUUGAGGCUUUCUCGCGCAACCCAACCUUCCGCAACCAGCUAUCCAUCUCCGAAGAGCAAAUUCAGGAUCUAGUGCUGCAAUCUAUCACUGGCUCGUCGCUCUCCAAAGACUCCAAGUCGGCAAGUGCAGAUGCCCCCACCGGUGGUGCUUUCAUCUUCCUCGUCGUCAGGAUUCUUGCCUUCCGUCAAAAGACGAUCGAUGCACUUUUUGGUGAAGAAGAAGGUGCUGUUGCUGCCGAGGCAGACGCAGCUGCUGGUGAUGUUGCCGACACCGUUGCUUGGGAUGAUGAAGUUGAUGCCGAAUUCCGCGAGUACGUCGUUCAGCAAAUUCACAACCUUGCCGUCGGCACCACAUCGAUCAUGCUACCCAUGCUUCGACGCAUUCAGCGCUCAGAAGAGGACGCUGCUUUCGCUCUUUCGAGGGGUGUCAGCACAAGAGGUGGAUCAGCGCCACCAGAGCGCAGGUACGACAUCGAAGCUCUCUUUGAUCUUAUCGCCCUUCUCUGCCGUGGUCGACCUGAAGCAGGUCUGCCUUUCUGGGUCGGACCCGACAACCGCACCACGCGCUUCCUGGCAUGGGCCAUUGACGUACGCGAGCCAGGUCACCAACGUGCUUUGCUGAACAUGCUUGCUGCAAUGUCGUCAGGCCCAUCGAGUGCCAGCCAAGCUUAUGCGCUGCUCGAUCAGGAAAGUGGCCAGAACGGUGUCGCUGGUGAAGGCCGUCUUGUUUCGUGGAGUCGUUUCUUUGAGUGGAUCACAUAUUACAUCGACACCUUCCACCAAGCGGUUAACUCGUCGUCGUUCCACCCUUCAAGCUACCAGACACUCGCCAUGCCGAAGAACGAGGAAACUUUGCUCAUCGGCUUCGUCCGUCUCUUCCGCAAUGUCAUCUACUUUUCGCAUCCAGCUCGCGACGCACUGCUGCAGAACCCGACCUACAAUGCCCUCGACAAGCUCUUCUCGUUGCUCACCUGCCCUGUGCCUGUCGAGCUGAAGGCCAGCAUCCUCUACGCGCUUUCAGCCUUCCUUCAUCAUUCAACCAGCAACCCUGCCGCCCGAGCUCGAUUUUCGACGAUAGCGACACAGCUCUGGGAUCGUUUCGAUGAGUGCGGCCUGCUUCCUUCUGACGAUGCUGCCGCCAAGUCCCGACCCAAUGGUCAGCCAACACCAUCGAGCGCAUUCGGUCCAUCUUUCAAGCCGCUGGCUUCGAAGGGCGUACUGUAUGAGCUCGAAAACUUUGAAGUGCCACUGCGCACCUUCCCCGGCUCCACCAGCUUUGUCAACUUCUUGAAGGCUCUCGUGCAGUUGCCGACGAGCUUCCUCGCAGCAGGCUCCAACGCGCUUGUUGACACCGCAUCAACUUCGGCAACCGGCGCCAAUCCCUUCAGCACCAUCGUCGCAUAUGACCAGCAGUCGCAACAACAGAUCCAAUCACAUGGUCAACCAAGCUACCAACAACCUCACGCAAGCCAACGCAGACAGUUCCGAUCCGUCGAGCCUUACGUCGACUUUGUCAUCGACCACGUCUUCCUCAAAGCUCGAACUCGUGACUACGUCGAGCCUGCUGAGCAGUGGCGCGUUGUUGCAUCGUGUCUCGAUUUCGUCGAACGCUCGUUGCGAUCCUACGACUUGGCCGCCCUCCUUCGCAGCAGCGAAGGCACCGACGCUGUCUCUGAUCCAGCUUUGCUCACACAGCUUGCCUCCCAUCCUGGGUUCUUCCUGAUGCGUCGUAUUCUUACUGGCUCCAAGAUGGUCGGUGAGAUGCUCGGGAUCCUCGUCCCUGGCUCUGGUCUCGCUGCCUUCGAGGCGAUUAACCAGAACCGCGCCAGCACAUUCUUCUAUGGCAGCUCGGUCCGACACGUCCUCAGCAUCCUAGACCGCGUGCUCCGCUACCAGGACCUGUUUGUGCAAGUGCUUAUCCCCACACUUGUCGACGCCAACCUCAACGGCGUUCAAUUGCCCUUCGACGUCUCGGCGCGCAUCGGAAACUCCGCCACCUACAGCAGCUUCGAUAUUCAGCUUCUCCACGCACACGAGUCCGUCGUUCAGAUCGCUCUGCUUAUCAACUGUGUGCGUGAUGACGUUGCGUUGCUUUCUGUUCGUCUGCUCGGCCUCAUCGCCCGUACUGCUGCGUUCAGCGCUGUUGACCGCUUCGGCGAGAUGGGCUACCGACGGAAGAUGAACCGUCUUGUCGGCUUGCUCGAGAUGAGCGACGAGGCAGGUCGUGUGAAAGCUGGCUAUGUUGGUCGACUCGAGGCAGAGUCAUCUGGCGAUGCAGGUAGCGCAAAGAUUCUCGAGACCCUCAACGCUCUUGCAGGGGGAGCUGAUGUGGAGGACGAUGAGGAUGCUGAUCUGCACGCAUCUAACGGCAAGUUGGACAGCGCAGGGGCUUUGACAUCAGGUGACGCAGUCGAGGCAAUCCAGAUUGCCAUUGUCAACCUCUUGCUUGCCGGAACGGAGCUCAACCAACCCGCACCAAAUGUUGUCCACCUCUUGCUCGGAUACGACUUACGCGCAGUGCGGCCCGAGGAGCAAGUCAUCAUCGAUCCCGAUGCGCAAACUGCUCCACCCAGCGCGAUUCACGCCAUUCUCGCACUCUUGCGACCCGAGUCUGACGGCGAAGGUGCAUCCUUCUUGAGCUUGGCCGAGCGAUCGCCAGGCUUCGCGGAGAAGUGCUGUGCACUCAUUCUUCGCCUCUGCACACAUCCUUUCACUAACGCCGCGACCUUGCGGUACCUGCGAACCAAGGAGGACUUCGUCGUUCAGCAGCUGCGCAGUCUGUCGUUGGUGCCUGCUGAGCGUGCAACUUUGACUGCCAGCUCGGCUGCUUUGGGUCUGGUGCAGUUUGCAGAUGGACAAGCCAUCGAGACAACAGUCGAUCGUGUCACCGCUUCCCUCCGCAUGCGUGCCUCGUUGCUCGAGCUCGCCGCUCUCGAGCUGCACUCGCUCCUCAACGCAGGCAUGCAAUCUCGGGCUGCUCGUGUUGUGGCUGCCCUCUUCGGUUUCAACUCCACCGUUGGCGGUGGCAGUGGCCUUGACGCUGACGAUAGCGUCGAUGAGGAUGACCUCUUGCUCGGCACUGAGCGCGAUUUCCGCUUAGGUGCUGGUGGUGCCGAGGUCCGCACCUUUGGUGGUGUCCGCUUCCUCGAGAUCCUCCAGAGUCUAGACUUUGAAUGGUACGAUGAUCGCGAAGCUUUGGGCCAAAACAUCAGCGUUAUCACUGCCGAGCAGCUCGAGCUUGCCAAGCGCCCCGACGCUGUUGUCGGACCUCGCCUUUACGACCUCGGUGCUGUCCUAGCGAUUCUUGUGCGCGAGAAGACACUCCUUCAGCAGAAGGGCAGCCUUCGCGAUGCAGGUCAAGCCAACCCCUUCCUCGAGCAAGCCGCUUUUGUGCUUCAGUGGGCUUCGGCUCAGAACGCCAAGAAGGCUGUCGCAUUCUCUCGCAGACGUGUACUGCAAGCGUGGCGCCACACCAUCGACAUGGUGUUGGCCCGCGCUGCAGGCUUGCUUCGCACUGAGGUUCGAUCGAGUCUCAUGUUUGACUGUCUGUCCGAGCUGCUUCCACGCAUCUCGGCACCUUCGACUGAUGUUGGUGGUCUCGAUGUGCCCUCGGCAGAUCUUGUCGCUGGAGCAGUGCUCUCGCUGCUCACUUCCCUGCGACAGCACCGUACGGAACUGACUACAGGCGCACUCGACCUCGAGAGUGUAGAUGCUCUUCCGGUCGAUCGUCUCUUGACCACAUUGCGUGCCCUCAUUGACUCAGUGCUUCGACUCGAGACAACGACUUUGGCUCGCGGCAACCUCUACUCGGCACUGAUCAACCUUCUCCAGCUGGUGAAGUCCGGCCACGGUCCCGACGCUAGUGGAGAAGCAGGUGUAAACGACGGUGCAUCGAUCAUCGCGACCGAUCUGGAAGAGACGAUGUCUGUCGGUGGCGUCUCGACCACUACGACAAACAUCUUUGGCGGUCGUGCCCAGACGAGCAGCUUGGAAGCACGAACACGCACGUUGCUGUUGUCACACGCUGAACGCCUUAUGGACGUGCUUGGCCGCGACGCACUCGAUGCCAGCGACUUGUCCAAGACGAUCGCCUUCACACUGCUUGACAAACUCUGCGCUCUCGAUGCGCCCUCCUCGUCCAGUGCUUCUUCCCGUCGUGGAGGCUCGAGAUGCCUCGACCUGCUCGACCGCAAGGGCUAUAUCAAGAGCUUCGUCACCGCCCUCCGAGACUCCGACUUGGCACUGCAAGAAACCCUUCGACCGGACCCUGCUAGUCUCAACGCCAUCUACGUGUAUGAAGCACGCUUGGCCUUUUUCAACCGGAUGGCACAAACCCGUGACGGCGCUGAGCGACUCCUCAAUGCCAAGGUCUUUGACGUGCUCGCUCAGUCCGACUAUCUUGCCGCACGACCGGACCAGGACCAGGAGUUUGUUGACUUGGACAGCUUCUUGCCCGCUGCUACAGAGCGCUACAAUGCAUUAUUGACUCCAGUUUUGCAGCUUACGACCAGCAUCCUAGCCAGCACAUCGGCCACAUCGGCCUUCGGCGGUGGCUCAAGUCAGGGCGCUUUCGGCAUCUCCAAGGCGUUGGCUCCAACUUCAGCCUCAGCUGCUCCUCGUCAUGCGCUGGCGUUGUUGACUGCUCACCGGGACGCUUUGCUGACAGUGCUUCGCGCUCCGCUGCAGGAGUUCUGCUCGUUCGCUCAGCUCGGACAGGCUCACUUGGCGGUAGCCAUCUUCGUGCUGAUCAUGCCUUCGCUCGAUGACGACGCGCAGCAGGCGCCCAGCCCGUUGGCACCGUUCCAUUCUGCUAUCCUCGCCUUUGCUGCUGUCUAUCUGCACAGUGCUUCUUGGCGAUCGCGUGUGGUACCUUACAAUGAAGCUGAGCGCGAAGAAGCUCGCAUGCCCACAACUUGUCUGCGUGCCCUUCGCGCGUCGAGCGAGGCACCCAAUGGUGGCAGUGUCGGAGUUGAGGAGGAGAACGCCUUCAGCGCCAAAGUCUGCGCGAUGGUCGUCAGACUCCAAAUGACGCUUCUCUCCUACCUUGAAGCGGCCAGCGAUGCACGUGGCAGCAACGCUCGUAUCCGGCCCGCCCUCAUCCCCUCGUUGACAGCCAACCGAGAACGAUCACGCACACCCUAUGGUGGAACUGACGAGGACGGCGAUUCUUCCCGCGUCGGCUUCCUUCGUUCGCAGCGCGCCAAUGCAGCGUUCUCAAGCGUCCCUAGCAUCGGCAGUCUCGUCGCUGCACUUGACGAGUACGCCGACUCCGCUUCCAGGGAGCUCCAAGGUCUCGAGAACAUCGACACGCUUCUCGAAAACGUCGACCCCGUCCGUCAGGACGAACUUGACGAGAUCGCACGCGAUGCACUCGGCGAGCUCUCCGCUGGCGAACUUUCUCCGGCUCAACGCCGCUCUGUCGCUCUUCGUCAGCUGCGCAUUCGCAAAUCGACGCUUCGCGCCUCUUCCACGUCCAAGCUCGACGCUGUUGAAUUGAUCUUGGUGCUGCUAAUCAGGCAUGUUGAGUUCUUCCGCACCCUCAGCACGGAUCGCAACCAGCUCGCUGUGGGCGCCAGAGCUUCUCCAGCUCCAGGAUCGCACUUUGACCGCAACAACUUGAUGCAAGGCUUGGCCGAGUCGUUGAUGCCUGUGGUUGAAGACAAGAUUGGGUAUCUGUCACUGCCACCUAGUCUUGUCGCCAACGCGAGGGAGAGACAGAGCUUCUUGCAGAUGGCUGGUCGACGAUUGGCUAGCUUCUUCACCGAUGCUGAGUAG